CACUGUAUCACUUCAAAGCUCUGACUGGAUAUCGAUUUGAGGCAAAGAAACCUUCUAAACACUAAUGAGUGCGACCAACUCCUCUGCCUAUCGAUCGGAGCGCAGUUUCCACCAGACAUCCUCCUCAUCUUCAUCCUCAACCUCAACAAACCCGUACAUGGAGAAGAGCCGAGGACUCUUCGCUGAGGACUUUGGAUCUUUCAUGUGUCCAAAAGAUGCUUUGGGAUUUCCAAACAGAACAGAAACAGAUGGAAACAUCAAGACUCUGGGAGACACAUAUCAAUUCACAGUGGAUGUCCGAGACUUCUCACCUGAGGAUGUGAUUGUCACCACCUCAAACAAUCAGAUUGAAGUUCAUGCUGAAAAGCUUGCUACUGAUGGAACAGUGAUGAACACUUUUACUCAUAAAUGCCAGCUACCAGAGGAUGUAGACCCCACCUCGGUGAAGUCAUGUUUAGGGGCUGAUGGGACUCUCACUAUAAAAGCACAGAGAAACACUGCAAAACUGGAGCACGCACAGACGUUCCGCACAGAGAUCAAAAUUUAGAUCUUUCCUCUCCUGCUGUAUCUGUUUCUCUGUGAUAAAUGACCUUAAUAAUAGUUGGUUAGUCCUGCUUUGUCAUUCCUCCAUGACCUUCUCUCAUUUCUUCUCAUUAGACUUGAGUGGAACUUAAUCCUGUCAGAUGUAUUCGAAACAUUUAAGACAAAUGCACUGCUAACGUCAAUUCCCUGCUAAAUACAUAUCACCUUACAAUAUACAGUGGGGUCCACAUUGAACAUCUGUGAGUCAAAAUCUAAUUUAAAUCUGUAAAGAAAGAGAAUAUUUUAGGGUUUUGACAGUAAGAAAGGAAAAUAUGUCUUUAAAUGAAUAAGAAAGGUUUAAAUUCUGCAUUUCGAUGUCACUAAACUUAAUCAAAUUUGUUACAUUGAUCACGUGGCUCUUUCUGCAAACACUCAGAUGUUCUUGCUUCAAUUGAAGUUCAAGAUGCUCUUUGAGUCAUUUAAAUCAUACUGGAGAACAUAAGCAUCAGGUUUUAAACAAACUUGUGAAGUUCAUGUAGCUCAAAUACUGCUGUCAUGAAAUUAAAAGGAUACCAAAAUACCAAAUACUAUACUUUUUUAAAAACUUGUCUUGUUGUCUCAGACAUUUGGAGCUCAUUGUAUGACAAACAAUUAGAACAGAAACCUAUUAAUUGAACUGAUUGUUAUUGUUAUUAAAAGGUAUAUUUUCUAACUGUAAAACUAUGUUGUGUUGGGUGAAUAAAACACUGUUUUAAAACCGAAUAAAACCAGAACACCUUUGAUGAGUA